UUUUGCCUGAGUUUCGCUAUUUAAUCUAGUAUAGAACGUGUAAGAAACUACUAGAAAAAGUAAAGAAUUUGAAAGGCAUGGAAAUGAGGACUGGAUUAUUUUUGGCAAUAUUUCUGUGGCUUUCUGUGAAUGAUAGCCUGGCCUUACUGCCGCACGAGGGCGAGACCAUCGAGAAGUGCAUUCUGAGCUAUGGUGGACUUACUGCGGAGACUGCGGAGCGACUCGAACGAUUCAAGGAAUGGUCGGAGGACUACGAGGAAAUUCCCUGCUUCACGCGGUGCUACUUGGCUGAAAUGUUCAACUUCUACAACAAUAGUACGGGUUUCAAUAAGGCCGGAGUUGUGAAAGCCUUUGGAAAUCCCGUCUACAAUGCGUGUCAGAAGAAAUUGGAGCUGCCAGGUGGAUCCAGUGUGAGCACCUGCCAACAUGCCUACGAGGGCUUUCACUGCAUCACUAAUAUGGAGAACCACCCAUUCACGGUGAUCGACAACAUGGCGAACACCUCUCUGUUCGCCAGAAACGCCAUGAAGGAGUGCCUGCAGCAUGUGGAGCAGGAUAAGUGGAAGAGCUUCACUGCCUACGCCGACUAUCCCGUCACUGAACCGAUUCCCUGCUACUCCCGGUGCUUUCUCGACAAGCUGCAUCUUUUCGAUGAGAAAACGCGGCUCUGGAAAGUGGGGGCCAUGAGGCAACAUUUGGGCGUUCCAGCCAGAGGAGCAGUCAUCAGGUCGUGCCACCUGCAGCGUGGCAAGGACCGAUGUGCCACCUACUACAAGCAGUUCACCUGCCACGCCCUGGCCUAAGCAAUCGCCUUUUUAAAAAUUAAACAAAUGGUUGUUUAAAUAAAUGUAAUACAUUCCAAAUUAAUUUGAUCAUAUACAUGUCCGAAAAUAAAAGGUUUUGCGUUUUUAAA